UUCAUGUCCACGGCCCACGAUGACGAUGAUGCCGAUGAUGAUGCUACUGCUGCUGCUUCUGCUGCUGCAAAAGACGCACGACUAGUGCCCACACAAACACCGACAAAACAUUACUGUGUUUUCCAUCCACACCCACACCCACACAAUCACCAUCCCUGUCCACCUUGUUCUGUCCCCAGUCGUGCCCUCUCCACCUCGGUCGUCGAGCUGAAUAUUGAACAAGGCGAAGCUGGCUGCCAUGACUGCCUCGGGUCGGCCUUGAUCUCGACCUCAUCCUACAUCCCACCCUGUGUCAGUAGUCAGGAACGCAAUCCUUUCAGCGCCGCCUUGGCCGCCUUUGCCCGCCAUGAGUCGCGUCUCGCUCUUCGCCUUUUCAUGCACUGA